AUGGCAACCGAUUACAAGUUCGAGGGCUGGAUGGGUCUUGACCCCAGCUCCGCACAGGGCAACAUGGUCUGGCAGGAAUUCGAGCCGAAAGAGUGGGAAGAGACCGAUGUGGACAUUAAAAUUUCUCACUGUGGUAUCUGCGGUAGUGAUAUGCACACUCUGCGAAGUGGAUGGCGGCCAGCCAUGUACCCAUGCUGCGUGGGCCAUGAGCUCGUGGGCAAGGUAGUCCGCGUAGGCUCAGAGGUCAAGGACAUCAAGCUCGGAGACCGCGUCGGUGUCGGCGCUCAGAGUGACGCCUGCCAAGGCCGUCAGGGCGACUGUGAAGAGUGCGCUUCGGGACAAGAGAAUUACUGCUCAAAGAAGUUCGUCAGCACAUACAACAGCACCCACUACAAUGGUGGCAAGUCGUAUGGUGGCUAUGCUCUGUACAACCGUGUCCCUGCCCACUUUGCCAUCAAGAUCCCUGAUUCAAUCCCUUCUGCUGCUGCGGCGCCUAUGCUUUGCGGUGGUGUUACGCUGUACAGCCCGUUGAAGCAUAAUGGGUGUGGACCUGGGAAGAAGGUUGGAAUCAUUGGAGUGGGUGGCUUGGGACACUUUGGUGUGUUGUUUGCGAAGGCUAUGGGGGCUGAUCGGGUGGUUGCUAUUUCGAGAAAGAGUGAGAAGAGUGAGGAUGCGAUUAAGAUGGGGGCGGAUCUCUACAUUGCUACUGAUGAGGAGCCUGAGUGGGCGAGUAAGCAUUCGAGAUCUUUGGAUUUGAUUGUUUGCACUGUUUCUUCGACCAAGAUGCCUAUGACUGAUUAUCUGGGUCUGUUGCGUACUGGUGGUACAAUGGUUCAGGUUGGUCUUCCUGAGGAUGGGGGUCUCUUCGCUCCUGUGCGUAACUUGAUGCGUCGCCUGAAGUUGGAGAGCUCGUUGGUUGGUAGCCCAAGUGAGAUUCGGGAGAUGUUCCAGUUGGUUGCGGAGAAGGGAAUUCAGCCUUGGAUUCAGGAGAUUCCAAUGAAGGAUGCCAACAAGGCCAUUGUUGAUAUGGAGGCGGGAUCUGCCCGCUACCGUUAUGUGCUUGUCAACGAGUAA